GGGGGAAACCAAACUACCGCGUGCAUUAGUCAACUGACGUAUGCGCAUGCACGGACUGCGGGCAGGUAGUCUCGGGGUGUGUCCUCCAGCCGCCCAGAGCUUAUCAGACAUUUUUUAAAGAGGAAAAAUCAAGUGAGAGACGACCAGAAGAAGAAUUUCGAGUCUUGAGCGCACAGACAUGGAUUCAAAGUGGAUAUUGUCGCUUCUGUCGGUUAUCGGCUGUGCUUUUGCUGUUGAUGCACAAGGCCGAAGUUUUAUUGGAAUAAACACUGAGGAUGGAGCAACUAUUGACGAUGUAGCAUUAGCUACACUGCAGAGCGGGCUUACCACCGUGUUCUUCCCAAUCAUCUACACCGUUGUGUUCGUGGUGGGGCUAACUGCAAAUGGGAUGGCCAUAUGGGUGUUCCUCUUCAGGACCAAGAAGAAGCACCCUUCCUCCAUCUACAUGGCCAACCUUGCCUUAGCUGACCUGCUGUUCGUUGUCUGGAUGCCUCUGAAAAUUUCCUACCACGUAAACGGAAACAACUGGCUCUACGGGGAGCCCCUGUGCAAAGUCCUGGUGAGCUUCUUCUAUGGGAACAUGUACUGUUCGGUGCUCUUCAUCACCUGCCUCAGCGUGCAGCGGUACUGGGUCGUGGCAAACCCGCUGAGUUCGCAGAGGAAGAACAACAAAGUCGCUAUCAGUGUCUGUGUGGCUGUCUGGGUUUUCAUUUGGAUCACCUCCACUCCUCUGUACCUGUACGAUCACACAACUAAGAUCAAGGGCAUAAACAUGACAACCUGCCAUGAUGUGAUCAUCAUAGGUCGAGAUGGCAAAGAUCUAUAUGAAUCUAUCAAGUACCCUUUCUUCUACUUCAUGUUCAUGGCAACAGUCUCAUUCUUCAUUCCUUGCAUCGUAAUAAUUGUGGCGUACGCGUUGCUGCUCAAAACUCUGGGGAGCAACACGGUUGACAACAAUGCAACAAAGACACGGAGAAAAGCCGUCGUGUUGAUUUUGGUUGUCCUGGUGACCUUCCUCAUUUGCUUCGUCCCCAGCAACAUAAUGCUGGUGGUGCACUAUGUCCUGGUGAAAACCGAAAUGGAAGACAGAGGCUACGGCUUUUACAUCACGUCGCUGUGUCUGGCGAGCCUCAACAGCUGCCUGGACCCUUUCAUCUACUACUUUGUGUCGGACGAGUUCAGGGAGCACGUGAAGAACACGCUGCUGUGCCGCAGCAGCAGAACCGUGGAACAGGAGAAGGCCGCGUACAGCUCCAUGAGGUACUCCAAGAAGAACCAGUCGUUCAUGUCAGGGAGGACCAACACGGAGAGCAGCACCUGCUAGCGACAGAGCACAGACUGUUCCAUGCUGCGGGUGCUUCCACUCUUCUGCACUGAUGUUGUCGUCCAUCAUGAACCCGACCAAAGAUGAACUCUGAACCUUGAUAGGACUGCAGCUUGGGAUGUGUGACUUUAUCAGGAGCUGCUCAGCGUUAAACUGUGAAUCAUUAAAUGUUUAAUGUUAUAUUAAAUAAAUAGAUGCAAACAUGUGCAGGUCAACUGUUAAAA